CGGAGAAUAUUUCCUUAGCAGCAGCAGCUAGGCGCUUGCUGAUGAACUCUCUCAGUUGCUGAACUGAAGACAUGGCGGCUGAAACUCCUGAAGCAUUCGACUGAGAAGCAAAAAUACAAGCGCCUGCUAGCCGAGGACUCACUAGCUGCUACUUCCGCCUUUAUUGUUUACUUCUGGAAUCCUGAUGGAGGGUGGUCAGAUCUGCUGGAUGAAGGAGUUCUGGUGGAUGAUGUAACCUGCAGCUGCUGAGCUCUGACUGAAACCAAGACGAUGAAACCACACAGCAGCUUCAGCUGAGCUGUCAAUCAUCAUCAGCAGCAGGGGCUGAUGGGAGCUGAGGAGCUGGUAAAACCACGUGGCCCUGGUCUGAUCUUGUUUGGCCUCAGCUGCAUCAGAGCACCACUUCUCCCCAGGUUCACCAGAGGAAACACCACUGAACAAAAUGCGUUUCCUCCCAGCUGCAGCUAUGUGCUGUCUGUGUUCAGGUGAGUGUUUCCAGCCAAUCAGGAGCCAGCACAGUCCACCUGGAACAAACCUUCACCUGUCUGGCUGUGUCCCUACAGCGCUAGUUACCAUGGCAACACAGCUGACUCAGGGGGUAACACUGACCAGGAGAGCUGAUGAGAGAGUCUCCAUCAGCUGUGGAGGAACUCAGGUGUGUACUUUAAGCUGGAUAUACUGGUACCAGAAGAAAGACACAGAAACAUUCAAAGCUAUUCUUGGAUUUGAUGCAAGUAAUUCAGAAGUAUAUAAAGGUUACGGUCAUCCUCAACAAGAUGAGUUCUCAGCUGAGAACAAUCAGAACGGCUGUGAGUUAAAGCUAAACAAAGUCCAACAGGAACAUGCAGCCUCGUACUACUGCAGCUGUUGGGUUUCUGGAUACAUCUUUGGUUCUGGAACCAAACUUUAUGUUUCAGACCAGGAGGUGAUGAAGCCCGUGGUGACCGUGUGUCCAGUCAGAACCAGAACCCACCAGGAGGAGAAGACCUCCCUGAUGUGUCUGGCCUCCAGCAUGUUUCCUCCUGUGGUCCGGUUCGCCUGGAAAAGACAGAAGAAGUACGGUCAUCUGGAGGAUCUGAGUCCUGAUGGAGAGCAGCUGGAGCUCAAAGGGUCAGAUCGUUCCGUCAUCAUCAGACAGGUGGAUCAAGAAUCCUUCUACACGUAUAAAUUCUUCUGCUACGUCAGCCAUGAGGAGGUCACGCUGCAGAACGAGACACAAGAGUUUUCUAUCCCAACAACGUCUCCACCAGACUCCUCAGCAACUCCAACAAGAUCCUCCUCCCAGUAUGAUCCAUCAUCAACAUCUCUCCCCCCACAGCUCCCAGUGAAGCAGCUAGUGUCCUUCCAGUCUGAGCUCAGGGUGAAGCUGCUCCUGCUGCUCUACUCAGAGCUGAUAGUGAAGAGUCUGGUCUUCUGCUGUGGACUCUCACUGAUGAUGAUCUUCAAGAACAAGGGAGCGUCUACCACCUGCUGA